AAAUAGGGUGUGUCCAUCAGUGUGCUCCCUUACAUUAGGUGUCCCCAUCACAGUGCCACCUUACACUGGUAUUCCUGUCAGAGUGCCCCCUUACACUCAAUGUACCUCUUUCUAUUAUAUUUCCCCAUAUGUGCUCCGUUACAUCAUAUGCCCCAUCAGAGUGCCCCUUCCCAUCACAUGUGCCCAUCAGAAUGCCUCUUUCCACAUUAUGUGCCCAUGUGUGUUCCCUUAACAUAAAUUGGGCCCGUCAGAGUGCCCCUGAACAUAAAAUA